AUGAAUAUCAUCAAGACAAUUUACGGACUCUGCAUUGUUGCUGUGGCAGCAGCCAAGUUGCUUGAAAAUCCGGGUUGUGGCGAUAUCAAUGUUCUCUACACAGGUUUUCCAGCAUACCACCCCUACGUGGUUGAGCAAGGAUGGGAUCCAGUCGCGGUGGAUGCCGGCCUUCGCCAAGACGCCCAGAAUUUGAUCGAUGCUGGAUACAACACCCGAAUCGUUCUCAUGGGACCUGACCAGGACAUCAGCCAACUUGAGGCCCGUUUUCAAGACGUUGAGUUCCACGUGACAGGUAUUGGCUUCGGUAUGAGGCCUGCAACGAUCCCCGAGAUCAUCACUCGCUUUGAGGGUGCCCGGCACGACGAUGACGCUGACUUGCUGGCCGCAGAUAACAACUUCCUGUUCCGAAAGACAGUCCCGGACACACCUACUGUGUACAACUAUGACCCGAACACGCUGCUCUGGUCCGUCGCGCGUCGGUUUCCCAUUGAGGAGGACUGCACCAAUAAGCCUGGAAAGAACCUUGGUUACGAAGAGAUCUGUGAUCAGAGGUGCGAGAUGAGCAAGAUCGCCUGGAACUUGCGACAAGUUGCGUUGGGCAAGAACAGCACCAUAUCCAACGAAGCUGCCAGCGGAAUCUAG